AUGUCGCCGACCACCGCCGCCAAAAAGGCCGGCAAAAAGAGCAACAUAGUAAUACUGCGCCUCUCUGCCGACAAACUCGCCGCCUUCCCAGCAGACGUCAAGCCCGCCGCAUCGACCGCCAUCAAACCAGACCCAUCGCCAUCGAUACAGCCUCCAGAGAGCACCGGCAAGUCAUCAGAGUCCAAUGCCACACCGAUACCAGCGAACGCGAAUGAAGAGACCGACCCCAACUCUCUCGCACCACCAAAAGUAGACAGAAGAAGAAGAGGUGGAGGCACCGUCUCCGGACGCAAGCGCGCACCACCCUCCAUCAACCCUGAUGCACCACCGCGCGAGCGCGCCAGGCCGGGACCAAAGAAGAAGCCGAGACUCCCCGACGGAACCAUCGACCGUAACACCGGCCUUCCCACCGCACCAGCACCCAUUCCAGCACAUAAGCUCGGCCCAAAGGCCAACACCGGCGCCAUCAACGCCGGCCUGCGCGCCCUCGACCGCACCGGCAAGCCCUGUCGCAAGUGGGAGCGCAAGGGCGUGCACGUCAAAUCCUUCACGGGCAUGAUGUGGGGCGUGGGGACGUGGAAAGCACCUCUACAGUCCUCAGCAUUCGCCGGCGAUGUCAAGAGCGACACCACCGGCUCUAGCGAUCUCAAGCCGAACGGUAGCAGCGCUCUGCAGAGCGAGCAGAGCAAUAGUGGUGCCGACCCGGGAGAUGUGACGAUGACGAAUGGGAUUGAGAGCUCGCCGGCGCCGCCGGUUGCUGCGUGA